CUACACUGUCAGAUCGCGUUUCCAGUCACACAAACAACACUUUUCGUUUCAAUAGGAAAACAAAUUGAAAAAGAAUAAAUUUCAGGCACCUUCAGCAUGGCGGACCAUGAGGAAUAUGGUCGUCCGCUGGCAACUAUUGCCGAUAUAUUCGACGAGCUGGAACGCACUAAUGCGACACGCGUGCCGCAGGUCCUGCAGCAAUUGGAGAAAAUCAUGGAGCCGGAGGACGAAAUGCUGCUGGCUGAAGGCAAUCGGCGGGGGAAAAAACCAAUUUUUGACGACUAGGCACCAACCAAAUUUUCACGUCACAAACCUAACGGGUGACACCUGCCAAGGUGUUGGCCUGGCAAUUAAUGACUGGCUCAACUUUUCACAUUCACAUUCACGUGCUCGAGCUGGGCAAACAAAGCCAUCCAGAAAAGCUGAAAGCGUCAACAGUAACACGCAAGCCAAGGGCUGGGCUCUAAAGUAUACAAACAAAUUGUGACAAAGUUGCGGAAAUUUAAUUAAAAUCAAAUACAACCUA